CCUGUCCCUGUGGCUUUCCAACACAAGGAAGAUGGAGGAGGGGGAAAGCAGUCCCUUGUUGUCUCAGUUCCUCCUCCUUCUACAGGACACUGCUGGCCAAGAGCAGCCCCUCUCCAGGAACAGUCUAUCUACUUCAAGCCGCCCAGGUCCAGUACCUCAGGAGGACCAGGUAGGGGCCUGGAGCUCCAGAUGCUGUCCUGGGACCAAGCACCAGGCCUGGAAGGGAGGCCAGGUCUCCUCCCUGCCCCUUUCCACAGGGAGCAGCUGUGUCAAGUACCUCACUUUCCUCUCCAACUUCCUCUUCUCCCUGCUGGCCCUGCUGGCCCUGUUUGCAGGACUCUGGGGCCUGGCUGUUAAGGGGUCUCUGGGGAGUGGCUGGGGGGAACCCCUGCCCACAGACCUUAUGUUGGUGCUGAUGCUAGGGGGUCUGGCAGUCAGUGUGGUGAGCCUGUCUGGCUGUCUGGGUGCUCUCUGUGAGAACAGCUGCCUACUGUGCUGCUACUGUGGGGCUGUCCUUAUCUGCUUGGCACUGGAGGCCCUGGCCGGAGCCCUGGUGGUAGCCCUCUGGGGCCCACUGCAGGAUAGCCUGGAGUAUGCCCUGCGUGUGGCCAUCAUCCACUAUCAGGACGAGCCAGACCUGCGCUUCCUCCUCGACCAAGUCCAGCUGGGGCUGCAGUGCUGUGGGGCAGUAUCCUACCAGGACUGGGAACAGAACCUGUAUUUUAACUGCAGCUCUCCUGGGGUGCAGGCCUGCAGUCUUCCUGCUUCUUGCUGCAUUGACCCCCAGGAACAGGGAGCGUUGGUGAACACUCAGUGCGGCUUUGGGGUGUUGCGUCUAGAUGAGGACACAGCUGGACGAGUAGUGUACCUGCAGGGCUGCCAGCCAGCGCUGCAGCAGUGGCUGCGAGAGAACAUGUGGGCCAUGGGCAACUGUGCCAUCGUCAUUGUCAUGGUCCAAGGAACUGAACUCCUGCUAACCGCCUGGCUGCUGAGGGCCCUGGCUGCACGAAAGGCAGUAGAGGACACACAGCCUGACCCUCUGUGAUCUUCCUGCAUCACCUUACCCACUGGACAGAGCUGAGAAGACACUGUGGUACAAGCCAAACUCCUGGCUUCUCCUCAUCUCCCAGGAAAGGUGUCAGAGUAAAACUCCCAUGGAACAGACCCUGGGGCCUCCUCUCUGGGCCCAGUGCCUCUGUCCUGCAUCUGUUGGUCCCCAAGGCCUAGCUAGACUAACUGUGCUCCUCCCAUAUUUCAUUUUUGACUUCCCAGGCCCCUCCUAAGUCCACACCUGCCCUUUGCAAAGGCCACUGUGGUCUGUGUCUGACCACACCAGCGUCCUACCAGAUUGGCAAGAAGAGCAGGAGCCAGGGUUCCUGCCUCUAACCUUGGCUGUCUACCUUGGACAGGCCAACACUAUCUGGCCCCAGGUCUCCAUUUCUUCACUGCUGGCCUCUCAUGAGGCCUUUUCCUGCUUUCUGAUCCUUGGUGAGAUGUAGGGAGAGGCCCAGGCUGCACCCUACAGAAAGUUUUUUUGCGGGGGAGAAAUAAUUGUUUGUUGGAGUAAACCAUUUGUAUUUGUAUCGUAAACUACAGGUCUCAAAGUACACUAGGAUCAUUU